AUGGGUAACUUUGCUGCAAACGAGGGACUUUCGAUCUUUGUCAUUCUGGUAUGGCUGGGGAUCAACGCUUUCUUGUUUGUCCAUUUCUACAUGGCCUUCCUUACUGACAAAUGGUUCUAUACAAGAGUCCUACUUGGGCAAGCCCUCUCUUGGGCCAGGGCUCCUGCAGCCUGUCUCAACUUCAACUGUAUGCUCAUUCUGCUGCCAGUUUGUAGAAAUCUUCUCUCCUUUCUCCGUGGCUCCAUCCAGCAUUGCAGUCGCACAGCCGCUCGACAACUGGACAGAAACCUCACCUUUCACAAGCUGGUGGCUUACAUGAUAGGAUUUCAUACAGCGGUCCAUAUCGUUGCCCACCUGUUUAACUUUGAGUGGUUCAUGGGGGCCCAGCUGGACAGGAACAGUAGCCUCCUGCCUUUUGUCCUGUCCGAGAUCGGCAAUGGAGACAAUGCCUCCUUUCUGAACCCCAUUAGAACAAACGAGACCAACCCGACCAUAGUGAUGUUCACCACCAUUGCGGGUUUAACAGGCGUGGUCAUCACCUUGGCCCUCAUCCUCAUCAUAACAUCGUCCAUGGAGGUCAUCCGCAGGUCUUACUUUGAGGUCUUUUGGUACACCCACCAUCUGUUCGUCAUCUUCUUCAUCGGACUCGUCUUUCACGGGUUUGGGCGAAUUGUCCGAGGGCAGACAAAUCUCCAGGCACACAAUCCGUUUCAGUGUCGCGAUCACUUUGAAACAUGGGGAGAGAAUGGGACCUUCUGCCCUAAACCGGAAUUUGCCGGGAACCCACCUAUGACAUGGAAGUGGGUUGUGGGGCCCAUGAUCCUCUAUGUAUGCGAGAGAAUGGUCCGGUUCUAUCGCUCCCAACAGAAGGUUGUCAUCACCAAGGUGGUUAUGCACCCGUCCAAGACCCUGGAGCUGCAGAUGAAGAUGAAGGGCUUCAAGAUGGAAGUGGGCCAGUACGUCUUCAUGCAGUGUCCGCCCGUCUCCGCGCUGGAGUGGCACCCCUUCACCCUCACCUCCGCCCCCGAGGAGGACCACUUCAGCGUCCACAUCCGCAUCGUGGGCGACUGGACUCAGGGCCUGUACGAGGCCUGCGGUGGGGACAAGGACGAGACCCAGGACGCGUGGGAACUGCCUAAGAUGCUGAUAGACGGUCCGUUCGGCACGGCCAGUGAGGAUGUGUUCAACUACGAGGUGGUCAUGCUGGUCGGUGCCGGCAUCGGGGUCACGCCAUUCGCUUCCAUUCUCAAGUCGGUGUGGUACAAAACCAUCCAGCAGAACCAGAACGUCUUCACCAAGAAGAUCUAUUUCUACUGGUUGUGCCCUGAGACCCAGGCCUUUGAAUGGUUCGCUGACCUGCUGCAGUCCCUGGAGCGACAGAUGACUUCGAAAAACAUGGCGGACUUCCUAAGCUACAACAUCUACCUGACCCGUUGGAAAGAGAACGAGGCGGCCCACUUUAGAGUUCAUCAUGAGGCGGAGAACGACCCUAUCACAGGACUGAAGCAGAAGACUCUGUAUGGGAAACCAAACUGGGACAAUGAGUUCAGCACUAUUGGGACAAAGCAUCCAAAUACUAAAGUAGGUGUGUUCCUGUGCGGUCCUACCAUGUUGGGUAAAGCCUUGGAGAAGCAGUGUCUGUCUCACUCUGAAGCUGGGGUCAAAUUCAUCUUCAACAAGGAGAAUUUCUAAUACUCCUCCAAUAACAUUGAUGACAAUUUAGGGAAGCUCAUACUUAGGUCAUCAAAGUGAGCUUUGCUCAGUUGCAGGGACCCAGCAACCUCACAUUACUAACUGUUAACUGUUCUACCAAGCAGUCACUGUUUUGAAAUAUGUUUUUUUGUACUUUUUUGGAGUGAAACAGAACAAUUGAUCUCAAGCCAUAUGUCAUUACCUAAGAUGCAUUUAUCAGAUCAGUUUCAGGACUGAAACAGAAGUGAGCAAUUGCUAUUAUGAUCCUGAACUUCUCCAAUACAAUACCUCCCCAAACUGACUUUUCACAAUGGAUUGCAUAAAUCUGCCAAGAAGUUACCGAACCUUAACAUAGUUACCACAACAGGCCAGUACCUUAUUCUCCUUCUGCAAUAUAAAUGUGCAAACAUGGAAACUCUCGAGUUUCAAAACCGUUCUCCUUCCUGUUUCAGAUGCUGUAAAAAGUAUGAAUGUAAUUAAAUUAGCACAAACAAAAUUGUUUGGUGUGAGGUUUAGGUUACUACCUCUGCAGAAUCUAUAGCAGCGAUGUUUCCGUGAGCUGGGCAAAGGGACGCAUUUCUGUUCAUUUCAUUCUCAGUAAUUCUGUGUGACCAGUGAACACAUGGAGACAUGUAUAAUGUCUGCUGACCACGCAGGUUCAGCUUUCCUCUUAUUAUUGAGGUCAGAAAAGUCCAAUGAACCAAAAGUGCCAGUGAGUAAAAUUAUGGUUGCCUGUGGCUUACCAUUGAAGCCCCACUCCAUAAAGUAUGGAAUUGCGGCUUGUUAGAAAUACCUUUGUAUGUGCCGGAAUGUAUUUGAGGAGUUUCAUGUAAUAGUCACACAAAAAUAUCAUGUACAUAAUAUGGAAGUUCAAUGCAUAUCAGCUACAGUACAGUGCAAAACUCAAGUCAAACUAAAGACAUUUAUUUGGGUGGUAUUUAUGUGUAUUUUAUUGUCUACCCUCACAUUUGUAACAUGAAUAUCUUAAGACUUCAAAAAAUACAAAACAAUGUAAUUUAACAGAACUAAACACCGAAAAUAAAACAAUCAUAAAAAAAACAUUGCAGCCUUUACCAUAUGUGUGAGUGAAUGCCUGUUUUUGUUUCAUUUAAAGAAGUUGGGGAAAAUAAAUGUGAAUAACUUCCAGAAACAACAGAUAAGCUUUUGCAGAAGGAAUCUAACUGAUGUAACUCAUGUCUUGUGGACUGAUAGUAAUGUCCUUCCGUGUGAAAGUGUUUUCUGUAAGAAUGUUCCACGUUAGGAUUUUUUUUGUGUAAAAUUCUGAGUAUGUGUAAAUUUAAUUAGUAAAUAAAAGUGAUUCAGAUUCGG